GCGAGUUUAAAAGAAAAGCCUUCAAUACAUAGGAACUAUUACGUAAUGGCACCACUUGAAAAAGGCGUUUACGCACGGGCGCGAAUUUGUAGAAUUGAAAAGGAAACACGUCUCGUUAAAGUGCGGUUUAUCGAUGAAGGAAUCACAGCAUGGAUGAAACGAGACUGCCUUGCAAAAAUGGACCAACAAUUUGCGUUUCAUCCAUGGCAAGCUAUUGGUUUUGCAUUGUUCAAAGUAAAACCGCGACAGACUUGCUUAGAAUAUGAAGAAGCAGUAUGGUGCCAUGAGGAUACGGUAGCUCUGCGUGAAAUCAUGAAGAAAUUUGAAUUCUUCCAUACGGAGAUCAUUUUCGGCAGCACAUUAAGAAAUAAUUAUCGCGAUUUCUUUAGAAUGUUUGGUGGUAGCUGCUCAGUACCGCUCUAA